AUGGCAGCUCGUGCUUGCUCCUCUUCCUCCUAUAUUAUUUUGAUGAGCCGCCAAAUUAUCUCUGACUCCGUUCUGCUGAUGACAAAGUGUUUCACCAGCAGCAGCAAGGGAUAUGCUUCUGUUUCUGCUUCAGCUCCUGCUUAUGCAUCUGAGGCUGAGGCUGAGGCUGAGGAGGUGAAGGUGUGUGGCCAUGGCAAGAGGAGUGGGGCGUGGACGCCGGACCCAGUGACGGGAUGCUACCGCCCCCAACACGUACAUGCCAAGGUGUUGAUAGACGCCGCCGAGUUGCGCCGGACCAUGCUCUCUCGCUACCAACACCACCACCACCACCUUGAUCUAACUAACUAA